CGCCUUUCGUGACGCUGCAUUACACUCCAGUACAACUCCAAUACAUCUGUUAGGUUCCCACUGAAGCCAUCCAUCUGCUUCUGAAGAAGAUCCGUCAGUAAUCCGGUCCGAAUACAUACCAAGAAUAUCGAGGUGAGCGGCGGAGAUUGUACGCGUAGGAGCCUGCGACGGACUAAGUCAGAUAGAAGAAUCCAGCGUCAGCUUUUUGCCUAAACUGAACCGAAUCAAACGCCAGCCGAGCGCGUUCCUUUACUUCACCCUUCACCCAUGAGCGACACUCGCCGCCCACCUACCUAUGUAUCCCGACCAGACCUCUACACAGUCAAUGCGCUCAAUUCGUUUUCGUUUGGGAAUGUCCAGACUUCUAUCCCAGCUCCGUCUCCUUCUAUUGGCCCGCUUGAUGACCCCGACGACGAUGCCCCCGGCACAAUUGAUGUUACUCCCCGCCCGUCAGUCAUAGACCACGGUACUUACCGCCCUAGUCAGUAUCGUGGCAGUCCCUACCGCAGUCAUUCAUCGCAGAACUAUGAUCCAGGUCAUGAUCCCGGGCCACCACUGCCCUCCCGCCGAGAUCCCUCACGGAAUCACUCCUCGGAUACCGCGUCGAGGCGGACAUUUGGAACUUCCUCUGCCUCUGCCUCUGCCUCUGUUACGAGUCUGUCUAGCAUGGGUCCCGCCUCUAGCCACCUGACCUCAGCUACGACCACUGAUGAUGAGCGCGAAGAGCGCGGCGUAGAGUUUGAUGAUGACUAUAACGACUAUCACGACGACGAUAUCGAGAUCAGCUCGGUGAUGUACGAAGGGAGCAGUGUCGAAGGCCCUGCGGUAAGUGGAAGGUGGAUGGGAAGUCUGUCGAGUUUUGCCAGUGGCUACGGCGAGCGGAGAGUUAGCCUCCCUAUCGCUGUACCAGGGAGUAGCAGUGCUAGCACAAGCAAUGAUGGAAGGCGCACUGAUAUCCUUACACUACGGCGGCCAAGUAAGAGCUUGGACGAGGACUCGAUGCUGUUCAAUAUCCAUUCUUCCGCGGAUUGUCAGACCUCCUCGUUGCCGGAGAGCGAUGGUGAUUGGCGAAGUCUGAAUGCGAAGGGCAAGGGCAAAACUAGAGAAGAUUCUCUACCACCACCACCAGCUAAAGUGACUGUAGAAGCACAAGAUUUUGAUCUCGACUGGAACGCAUUUGGACGAGGAAUCACUUCAUUUGAUCAGCCAAUAUCUGACAUUGUCAGCACGGUGGACUCCCGGCGUGGUUCUACGAGCCGAUCGUUGAUGAACUGGGGACGUAGGCCGAGUACAGCGACCACGGGAAGUUCGUUUAGCCAUGAUGACAUCUUUACGCGUCAUGUUGCAAAGGGGGAUCCAAAUUAUAAGGAUCAGAGAAAGGUGUGGACCUUCCGUCGGGAUCAGUCGGAGGGGAGUGGAGGACCAUCAGCCUCGAAGAAAGGUGGUUUGCUGAGUCCCCGUGGGAGCGUGAACGAGAGGGAGUCGUCGGAAAGGGAGAGGCGUGAGAAGGAGGCACGAUCUUCUGCCAACUGGAACGGUAUGCGCCCGAAUUCCUAUGAAGUUUGGAGGAACCCCAUGGUUGGCAGGUUCAAAGUCGAGCGCAGGACCACCCCGAGAAGGGAAGAAUCGUCAGACGUGACGGUUCGAGGACCUGUUCAACGUCUACUGAUCGAUCACUUCCGUGACGGUUCGACACAACUGGUAAAACAGGACGAUCCCUGUGUUACUGUUCACAAACAUUCCAAGACAGUGGCAUUUUCGAUUUCUCGGGCGUACAGAUCUAGGAGGCGGAGGUCCUAUGCGACUAGGCCAACGUCCUCGACGACUUCGUCGAGCAUGAUUCUACUGGCUCCGAGGAGCGUGCAGGAAGCAUAUACGAGCACUACGACGACAAGAAAGCUGGAAAGCCAUGGACUGUUGGAUGAACGACGAGAUAAGAGCCUUGGGAGAAAGGAGAAGGAGAAGGACCGCAGGCGAAAGGUGUCCGGCACCGAUGAAAGCUCGAAAAAGGGUAAGAAGAAGAACGAGCAGUCGAGUGUUGGCAGCGUGACAACGAGACCUGUUUCGACUACAGACGCGGCGUCGUACCCACCGUCCAGUGCAUCGUCUUCGACCGCAGAUCAUUCAGUAUCGUCGUCUACACGCCCUCUUCGACGACGCAGACGUGAUGCAUUGGAUUCUGAUGAUGAUAUACCUCCUCGUACGCCCCAUAGCGAGACGUAUGGUACCAUCGAUGCCGCUGAGCUCAAUCAGCUUCGUGCACGCCAGCACCAGUCCUACCACAACACCGACGAUCUAGGUGGUAGCUUUUGGAACCGUUUCAGACGGGGUCGAUCAACACGCGCAGUGAACGGGCAGCUGCCUGCUCAGCGGGACGUAUCAUACCAACCACCCUGGGUGACCCUCGAGUCGCGUAACCGGCAAGAGCAGACGCAGCGCGUGGUGGAUAAUCUAAAUCAUUCAUUCCAGGAGGUGGGGUUGCUGCAAGUAAACACGAAACCCAAGCCUGGAGUGACUCGCAGCAAGACCAAAGCGCGUGUGGAGAAAGCGGUGUGGACGGAGAUUUUCAAGGAGAUCCCGCAGGAGUCAUUAUACAUGCUUAUCCCUCUGUGGCCUUCUGAUACGGAUCCACUAUCGGCGCAGAUACCGUAUGAGAGACCUGUGGUGGAUCGGCAGUAUCUGCUCGUGUGCUACAAGGCGCCUGAGACUGGCGCGCCUGCCAGCCACAGCAAGAAGCGUUCGGUGGAGAGCAAGAACAAGUCACCGACCUCUUCCUGGGACUCGUCGACGCAGAAGCGGGACGAGCGCAAUAUUUUAUUGAACGAGUUCCGGAUAACCGGGAGGCUGGUGUCGCAUACCGAUAUCCAAGGAUCCGGGAUGCGUGUAUCUGAAGGGAUCAUUGUGAAUGGGUCGCUGAAGGAGGCCUACGAUACGAGGCCGCCGCUGGCGAAUCCGGGGACGAGACUUAUUGGGCAGUGUCGGAGUCGGGAGCAGGGUGUGGAGUUUGAUUCGGAUGGACUCUUGUCGUUAGGGUUGUGCUUGACGAGGAAUCCAUACCCUCCUGGGACGAUCGCUGAGGAAGUUGAGCCGUCGCAGCCCAAGCCGGAGCAGGUCCUAACACCAAUUGGGAGGGCUGUGGUGGAGAUGGUGUGGAUUGGUGCAUUGGCGUUGACGAGCUUUGGGUCAGUUGCUUCGUGACUUUUUUCAUUUUUUUUUUUUCAAUUUUCGAUUUCGAUGAGAAUAGUUUUGGUGUUUUGCUCAUACCAUCUAUGCACACGCUUUUUCGCAUUGCUAUCUUGAUGCUCCUUCUGUAGGAGGAUACGGAACGAUCACACACACACGCGCGUCUCGAAUGACAGGUUGCGCAUGGUCGGAAUGUUCUAGAGGUAAGGUACAUUAUUUAACGGCGGUCAGUCAGGUCCUCCACGAAGUCAGGGACUAAAUCGACCAAGGCCGUAAAAUCGUGAUUUUGACGUAAUCGACUGAUCCGUUCCGGAGCACCUGUGGCAAAUAUUUUCAUUGCGAGUCGGCUGAGUUUCUGAUAUGUGUGACUACAGCAUGGAAAUUACGUUCUGAUUUUACGCUAUCUUCCUGCUUUUAUCACUGUUUU